AUGAUACUGCCGUAUAAUACUGCCUCUGAACCUGAGACUGCUGCUGCUGGGACAUCAGGUUCUUUUCUGAAUGAGGGAUCCCCACUUUCUUCAGCAACCCCGGAUCAACUUUUGCAGUCUGGGCCUACAUCCCAGCCUUCCCGAACAACUCAGCGGGCUGUUCAGGUAUCAUCUUCAGAACAUUCGCUACCAACAGGAGCAGAAGCUCUGGGACCGAUACUCCCAAUGCCAACGAUACUUCCUCUGCCUGUGCCACCUGAUCGCAAGUUCAGUGGAGUUCCUUCAGUCACUCGUGGCAAUCGUCGAGGGGAUCAUGAAAGAUCCAGAGGAAAUGGGUUGCAUCCAGUGACCAGAUUCACAGAGGAUUUUGAUUUUAUUGCAAUGAAUGAAAAGUUCAAGAAGGAAGAAGUGUGGGGUGAUCUUAGUAAAAAUAAUGCAACUCAAAAUGGACAUGGUUCACAAGAUGAGGAAGAUGCAGGACCGUCAAAGAUUGAGAGUAAGCCUGCUUACGUUAAGGAUGACUUCUUCGAUUCCCUAUCUUGCAAUGAUUUCGGUCACGGAUCGGAUAAUGAGAGGACUAAGUUCUCUGAACAAAGAAAAAUAGAUGUAGAGACAUUUGGUGAUGCCAAGAGAUAUCAUGGGGAUUGUGGUCGUGGUCGUGGUCGUGGUCACGGCUGUGGUGGUUUUCGUGGGUUUGGUCGUGGUGGCCAUUCACGUGGUGCUUAUAAAGGGAGGAGCUAUGGUUAUAACGGGAGAGGUCGAGGGCGGCAGGCAUAGGAUGUAGCAGUAUGUCAAAGUCUAACCACACUUAUACAACAGCACUUGGGGUGGUGUGUUGCAAUAAGUUGAACCUAAAUUCUUAGCUAGCCUGCACUUCAGAGCAGGAAUAAGUCGAUACCCCUGUUCUUUUCUUUCUUUUAUUGGAUUCUUUUCGUGAUUGUUAUUAUAUUCCUCUGGUAGUUGCUCCGAAGGACUUGUCCUGGUGCACAAGCAAAACCCUAAAGAUGAAGAGAUUUUUACUUCACUCUACAGGAAAACAACUAUC